AAUAAGUUGGGGGUUAAAGGUUGACAGUGAUUGUAUGAAAAAGAGACAGAGAGACACAGUGAAGGACAGAUUGUUCACAGGGGAGACAGUGGGACUGUUCUCUGGUCAUCAUGGAUUUCUCACCUGGAGUUUUGAUCCUGUGCUCACUGUUGUGUUCAGUGGCUGGUCAGGUUCCUGUCGUCUCAGUGGAGCCUCGGGCUGCUACUGUGCGCCAAGGGGAGUCUGCCAGCUUCAGAUGCCAAGUGAAGAGCGGUGCGCAGCCAGUCCAACUGGAGUGGAAGAGAGGCAACAACCAAGCAUUGCCAGACAAUGCAAAGAUUGGUCCUGAUGGCUCUGUGCUGACGCUUGCCAACACCCAACCUGAAAGCCAGGGCCCGUACCGAUGUGUGGGAGUCAACGCAGCAGGCCGUGGCACUGCCACCGCUACGCUGAACGUCAAAUAUGCUCCUAAAGUGCGGCUGACACCAGCAGGGCCCCUGCGGGUCAGGAUAGGUGAACCUGUGUCAGUGGAGUGUCGUGCCACAGGCAGGCCACGCCCCACGAUGAGCUGGAAACGCCAAGGCUCCACCCUGCAGCUGGUUACCAAGGAGAUAAAUGAUGCCAACAUCAUACAGUGGCCGGCGGUGCAUCCAGACGACACAGGAGUUUAUAUUUGUCAGGCUGAGAACAAUGAGGGGGUGACAGAGGUCAAAGUUGAGAUCAUUGUUGGGGGGGGGCCAGGAGCACCAGUGGCCUCAGUGAGCACUACAGACAUUACAGCAGUGGAGGGACGCACGGUCACAAUGGAGUGUCGGGCUACUGGCUCCCCUCCUCCUGUCAUCACCUGGUCCAAGCUGCGAGCACCGUUGCCAUGGAAACACACAGUGGCCGGUGGAGUUUUGACACUGACCAGCGUGGGGCGCCAAGAUUCAGGACAAUACAUCUGUAAUGCAACCAACAUACAUGGCUACAGCGAAGCGUACACGCAGAUGGAGGUGGAGAGUCCUCCGUAUGCCACGACCCUGCCCGACCAGGUGAGGCUCCAACCUGGAGAUGCCCUGCGCCUGCAGUGCCUCGCUCACGGCUCUCAUCCCAUUCAGUAUGAGUGGAGCCGUGCGGGCAGGGCGACCCUGCCUCCAGGAGCACAGACCACAAAGGAUGGAAAGCUGCUCAUCAGCCGAGUUAAGCUGAGCGACAGUGGAACGUACAAAUGCGUGGCCACCAACCACAUCGGCACCAGUGAGGCCACGGCCAGAGUCACUAUAAAAGCUUAAUCCACUGACAAACUAUGCAGCGCUUACAGCUUCUGCAAGUCUGGAUUGUUGCCAACAAGAUGAUCAAACGGCUAAUACUGAAAAAAAAUUCUAUAUAAUAGAGUCUUUUUUUUGCUGAAUGAAAGUGAAAGAUUUCAAUGCUGUUUAAACCUUUGGUUUUAUGGUGCUAAUGGGUUUAAAGUUUGUACUUUUAUAGAAAACUGAUACUGUUGCCAUUGUUGCUUCGCUCUCAUCUCUCUCUUUGGAAAACUUUUCUCUGGGAGUCAGUGUAAACUGACAUCCUACACUGUGUGUGAGUGUGAGUGUGUGUGUGUGUGUGUGUGGGAGUUUCUUUUGCUGGAAUGCCUCUGCACCCUGUCUGCCUCCCUUCAUGACAUCUACUAAGUUGACACUGUUGCACUUCCAAAAAUUGAGACAAUAAGAAAAACCUGAUCUAAUGUGAAAGCCCUUGUUAUACUAUCAAAUAUGAAAACAAUAAAGAACAAUAAAGGUUUCAUUACA